UUACGGGAACUCAAGGAAACCUCUGUGGCUAGCUCUGUGUGCUGCAACUUGCAACAAAUUGAGUGACAGAGAGAGAGAGAGAGAGAGGUGCAACAAACAUAAAAUACUCACUCACUCACUCCUAUAAGGAAGCAACAAGUCUUGGACACAAAGAAGCCUCCUUUUUUGUUGCCCCUUUGUCAAUAAAGAAACCUUAUUUUUGUGGUGAUUUGGUUUCGCUUUCUUGGGGCCAAAAGAGGAGAUGAAUCCGAAUAAGGAGACAACGAACCUUCUUCGCUUCUUCUUCGUCUUCUUCUUCUUCUAUGUGUUCGUCCUCUCUGCCCGCUUUCAACUCUCUGAAGCUGCCAAAGACUCGUCGGCUCAACAAGUGAAGUUACAGAAUCGUCGACUUGGCUCCUCCGUCGUCUUUCCUGUCUCCGGGAAUGUGUAUCCUCUUGGGUACUAUUAUGUGUUGCUUAACAUAGGCAACCCACCUAAGCUCUUUGACUUGGACAUUGACACUGGCAGUGACCUCACUUGGGUUCAGUGUGAUGCACCCUGCAAUGGUUGCACAAAGCCUCGUGCUAAGCAGUACAAGCCCAAUCACAACACUUUGCCUUGUUCACAUCUCUUGUGUUCUGGACUCGACCUUCCCCAGAACAGACCUUGUGCUGACCCUCAGGAUCAAUGUGACUAUGAAAUCGGAUACUCCGACCAUGCAUCAUCCAUUGGUGCACUUGUAACUGAUGAGUUUCCUCUAAGACUCGCAAAUGGCUCCGCUGUGAAUCCCCAUUUGACAUUUGGAUGUGGGUAUGAUCAGCAGAACCCGGGUCCACACCCUCCUCCUCCAACAGCGGGAAUCCUUGGUCUUGGCAGAGGGAAAAUAAGCAUCUCAACACAGCUAAAAUCCUUGGGGGCAACGAAGAAUGUGAUUGUGCAUUGCUUAAGUCACAAUGGUAAAGGCUUUCUCUCUAUUGGAGAUGAGCUUGUUCCUACUUCUGGAGUUACAUGGACUUCACUGGCUACUAAUUCACCUAGUAAAAACUACAUGACUGGACCAGCAGAGCUUCUCUUUAAUGCCAAGACCACAGGUGUCAAAGGCAUUAACUUUGUUUUCGAUAGUGGAAGCUCAUACACUUACUUCAAUGCCGAAGCGUACCAAACGAUUCUCGAUCUUAUAAGAAAAGACUUGAAUGGGAAGCCUUUGAAGGACACAGAAGAUAAAAACUUACCUGUCUGUUGGAAAGGCAAAAAACCUUUGAAAUCACUUGAUGAAGUCAAGAAAUACUUCAAGACGAUUACUUUACGAUUUGGAAAUCAAAAGAAUGGUCAGCUAUUUCAGGUUCCACCUGAGUCUUAUCUCAUUAUCACAGAAAAAGGAAAUAUAUGUUUAGGUAUCCUGAACGGAACUGAAGUCGGGCUAGACAGCUACAAUAUCAUAGGAGACAUAUUUUUCCAAGGGAUAAUGGUGAUCUACGACAAUGAGCAACAUAGGAUUGGAUGGAUUUCUACAGACUGUGACAAGAUUCCCAAUGAAUAUGGAGGAGAUAUAUCGGAAGAGGCUUAUCCAAGAGGGUUUGGUUUGAUAACAGAGCUUUUCUCAGGAAGUGAUUCUUCUAAGAACAAGAACUUGGCCUCAGAUGGAGAGCUUUGACAUUGACACACAGAGAAAGGGUUUUUGAUAAAGACUGUGUAAUAGAAGGUUUUUGAGGUUUUUGGUUGUAUCAGAGAUGUUGUUAUCAUAAUAGAAACAAGGAAAUAUAUUUUGUAAAUAAUAUACCGCUUUGUCAUCAGAUGUAAUCAAUCAUAUAAUAAUGAAAAGAACA